UCCAACAUGUCGUUAGCCAAACAGUUGAGUGGGCUUAGUCUUGGUAGAAGCCAGCUCCAAGUGAGUUUGAACAAUAACAUCAACCAGGUUCGUUUUGCUACUAAAAGAGCUGCUGGUUCUAAAACCAAUAAAAAUGAUUCAGCAGGUCGUAGAUUAGGACCUAAAGCAUACGAAGGACAUUUUGUUAAAACUGGUCAGAUCAUUAUGAGACAGAGAGGUACUAAGAUACAUCCUGGAGAAAACGUUGAUAUUGGUAAAGAUCAUACUAUUUUCGCUAAAGAACCCGGGUUUGUUAGAUUUUACUAUGAUCCAUUCCAUCCUUUGAGAAAGUUUGUUGGGGUUGCAUUAAAGAAGGAACUUAGUCUUCCAACUCCUCAUUUUGAACCAAGAAUAAGAAGAUUUGGCUACGAAGAAAUUUUGGAUCCGGCGGAAGCCAAAAGAGAAGAAGAGCAUAUGUCAAGAGUAGAAUACCUACAACAACCAGAAUUAAAAGAAACGAAAAGAAGAAGGAAGGAAAAAAUUGCAGAAUCACUUGCCAAAUACGGAUCUGCAUUGAAUGAGUUCAAUCUCGGAUUAAGUGAAGAUGAAUCUAAGUUAGCCCAAGAACGUUUAUUGAGUAUUGCUCAAUUAGUACGUGUUGGCCAGUCUGUUGAAGAAGCCGGUAUUCAAGCAUCAUACAAUCACUUGUAUGAUUUGAAAUUGUCUUUGCAAAGAAGUGACAUAACUCCUGAAGAACAUGAUACUUCAAGACAAAAAUACCUUGACUUUGUAUCUUCAUUUGAUAAGAAAAUCACUCUUGAUGCUGACUUAAACGCUUGUAAAUACAUUUCACCAGAAGAUAAAAUCAAACAACAGCAAGAAAUUCAAUCCCAACUUAAAAACUACUUUAAUAAACUCAUCACUAAAGAAGACAAAGCUAAAAUCACAGAACUCAUUAAAACUCCUGGUGUCUUCACCAAAUCUGAACAACAUGACUUGUUCGACACAUACUUACCUAAAGUCUUACCAGACUCCAUUCCUGGAGCCACUGUUGAAAUCAAGGAUGCAAAAAAGGCUCCAAAAGGUGUAAUUAUCCGUAAAAUCUUCAACGAAGAAACGAAAACCGUUGAUCUCUUAAAUCAAGAAACAAUGGCUGUGGAAAUCAACGAGACCAUUAGGGAAUCUCCAGUUUACCAAAAUAUCCUCAAGCUUCAAGUCACCUACCAAAAAUACUUGGAUCAAUCAGUUCCGCAUACUACCCAUAGGUGGGCUGGAUUUGGUGCAUUACUUAUAAUAUUCUUUCUCCGUAUUGUCUUUACCCAAGGAUGGUAUAUUAUAUGUUAUGCUUUAGGUAUUUACUUGUUGAAUUUGUUUUUAGCAUUCUUAACUCCUAAAUUUGAUCCUUCAUUAGAACAAGAAUCAAAAAGCGAAUCUCUUGAAGAAGGGGUCCAAGAUGACGAACCACCUAAGGAGGCUGACGACUCCGAUGAAUUCAGACCUUUCAUUAGAAGAUUACCUGAGUUUAAAUUCUGGCAUAAUGCUACCAGAGCUACCAUGAUUUCUCUUUUCUUAUCAUUAUUCCCAAUCUUUGAUAUUCCAGUUUUUUGGCCAAUCUUAUUAAUGUACUUCAUCAUCUUAUUCACCUUAACCAUGAGAAGACAAAUCCAACAUAUGAUUAAGUACAGAUAUUUACCAUUUGAUUUCGCUAGAGUUUCAAAUCAAUUAAAGUUCGGUGAUAGAUCCAAGAUGAGUCGUGCUGAAGUGGAUCUCCAAGUGAGUGUGAAAAAGGCUUGCAGUGUCGACGAAGUGCCUCCUAAAAGAAAGCAUGUUAGAGCUUGUAUCGUGUAUACUUGGGAUCAUAAGAACUCCAGGGCCUUUUGGAAUGCUGUUAAGAUUCAGCCUUUGCAAAGUGAUGAAGUUCAAUUGUUCAAAUCAUUGAUUAUGAUCCAUAAAGUUCUCCAGGAAGGACAUCCAAAUACUUUGAAAGAUGCUUAUCGUAAUCGUGACUUUUUAUCUUCUUUAGCAAGUGUUUUCCCAACCCAUGGUUCCGCUUAUGGUAGAUUGAUAAAUCAAUAUGAUAAAUUUCUUUUACAGAAAUUAGACUUUCAUAGAAAUAAUCCUAGUUUCAAUGGUAUGUUUGAAUAUGAAGAAUAUAUUUCCUUAAGAGCGGUUAAUGAUCCAAAUGAAGGUUACGAAUCAAUUUUACAAUUGAUGGAUUUACAAGACCUGAUUGAUGAUUUGCAAAAAUUGAUUUUUGCUACCAUCCAUCAAACUCCAAAUAAUUUAUGUAAAGUUAGUGCAUUGGUUCCUCUUAUUGCUGAAUCGUAUGGUAUUUAUAAAUUUUGUACUUCAAUGUUGAGAGCUAUGUAUCAACAAUUGGGUGCUGAUGAUGCUUUAUCGGUUUUAUUUGAAAGAUUUGAUUCCCAACAUUUCAUGCUUAGGGACUUCUAUACUGAUUGUCAUGCAAUUAAAUUCUUAACUAGUUUAAUUACCAUUCCUCGUUUACCUAAUAAUCCUCCUAAUUUACAAGUAAAUGAAGAUGGUAGUAGUGCUCCUGCUUCCAGACCAAGAUCUGCCACUACUGAUAGUACUCCUCAGUUGUCCUCUCAACCAACCGCAGCUUUCGAAGCUCCUCCUGAAGCUCCUCCAGUAGAUCUGGUAUUUCUUCAACAAACUGGUAUUUUUGAUCAACAGCAACAGGAACAACAAAGAAUUCAACAAGAAUUGGAGUUACAACGUCAACAACAACUUCAAGAACAAGCUCAAAAACAGAGAUUAUUCGAAGAACAGCAACGUCAACAAGAACAAAGAUUUUUACAAGAACAACAACUUUUGCUGCAACAACAAACUCAAGCUCAACAAUCACGUGUUUCAGAGUUAGAGCACGAUUUGCUCAUGUUCAAAAAUCAAUAUGAUAAUGACCAAUCGCUACUCCAACAAUAUGAUUCCCGUGUUAAAAGCUUGGAAACUGAAUUAUCCAGCUUUAACAAUACCGCUUCUCAACAAAUUGCUUCCAAAGAUGAACAAAUUAGAAACUUGGAAGAACAAAUUAGCAAUUGGGCUAAGAAGUACGAGUCUCUUGCCAAAUUAUACUCUCAACUUCGUCAAGAACAUUUGAAUUUAUUAUCUAAAUUUAAAAAGAUCCAACAAAAAAUUAAUAGUGCCCAAGAAUCAAUAAUGAAGAAAGAAAAAUUCGAAAAAGACUUGAAAGCUAAAAAUAUUGAAUUGGCUGACUUGAUUCGUGAACGUGAUAGAGCAAGAUUGGACUUGGAUAGAGUCAAAGCUUCAAAAGAUCAAGAAAUUGAAAAACUUCAAACUGAAUUGAGAGAGUUGAAUAAUCAAGUGAAUGAAUCAGGUAAAUUACAAUCGAUGAACUUGUCAUCCAUUAUCUCUAAACAUCAAAAUGAAAUUGACAAUUUAAAUACUCAAUUGGCAGAAAGAGAUUUGAAAUUAACCAAUCUUGGGGGUAACGAUUUACAAGAAAAAUUAAAAGAAAAAGAAAUUGAUUUAGAAAUUGCACAAGAAUCCCUUGAUAGUGCCCUCAGAGAAUUGGCAAACUCUAAAAAUGAUCAAGAUGAAAUAGUUAAUGCUGAAAUUGAUCAUAUCUUACUUCAAAAUAUUGAUAAAUUGAGAAAAUUGAUUGAUGUCAUUUUAGCUAACAAUAUCAAAAGAAUUCAAGAUACCAAAUAUGAAUUGGAAUCCCCAAUGCAAGCUGGUAACUUGAAUGCCUCUCCUGAAUAUUUGUUAUCCAUUGUCGAACUUUGCUCAGAUACUGCCACUGAUUUCUCUACAACAUUUAAUAAUUUCAUUGCCGAUGGUAAAGCUUCCUACGAAGCUGAAGAUUCUGGAUACUCUGAAAUUAUUUUGACUAGUUCAGAAUUAACCACAUCAGUCAAUGAUCUUAUGUUGAACGCUAAAGGCAUCGGAAGAAAUAUUCCUAGAGAUGAUGAAGAGAUUGUUUUGUUGCUCGUAUCAAAAGUUUUAGCUAGUACCGAAUCAUUUUUCCAAGGACUCAAUUCUCAAUCCUUGAACCUCCUUGAAGAUGAUGAGGAUAAAUUGGAUAAAGUCAUUGAUAGCAAUUUACAACUUCAGCACGAUUUACAAGAGUUAGGUAAACAUAUUGAUACUUUGCGUUCUACCCAUGGUAUUAAUUUCUCUCUGGGAAAUUUGGAAGAUAUUGUUCAAAAUGAAAUGGAUCAAACCGCUAAAGCAGUUAAUUCUGCUUCUAAAUUCUUACAUGAUCUUUUGUUGAAUGCAAACAUCAGUGGUGGUAAACUUGAAGUUCAUGAGGCUUUGGUUGCUGCUGCUGUUGCUGUCACAGAUGCUGUUGCUUUGUUGAUUGUAGCUGCUACAGAAUCUCAAAGAGAAAUUGUGAGUAAAGGUAGAGGUGAUCAAACUCGUACAGAAUUUUACAAAAAAAACAAUAGAUGGACUGAAGGUUUGAUUAGUGCUUCAAAAGCAGUUGCUGGAGCAACAAAUAUCUUAAUCCAAACUGCUGAUGGUGUUUUAAAGGAGAGCAACUCCCAUGAACAAUUGAUUGUUGCAUCCAAUGAAGUUGCUGCCUCUACUGCUCAAUUAGUUGCUGCUUCAAGAGUGAAGGCAAAUUUUGUUUCUAAAACCCAAGAUAACUUAGAAACUGCUUCGAGCAAAGUUUCUUCUGCUUGUAAAGGCUUGGUAAACAAAGUACAAGAACUACUUUCAACUGAGGAAAGUGGUAACGAUAUAGAUUUGAGUAAGCUCACUCCAUAUGAAGGUAAAACCGUUGAAAUGGAACAACAAGUCCAAAUUUUAAAAUUAGAAAACUCAUUGAACUCUGCCAGAAAAAGAUUGGCUGAAAUCAGAAAGCACGGUUAUAGAGAUGAUAAUAGUGAUGAUGAAGAGUAAGUGUCUCAUGAAGUCAAUGUUCAUCCAAAUUGUAUUUUUUCUUUAUUUUUUGCGCUUUCAAACCCUGUUUUUUAUGAAUACUGUUAUUUUUAC